AUGUUAAACUCCGAAAUUGACAAGCAAAUCAAACUAAUAAGAAAGUAUUUAAAACUGAAGAUUGUCGAGGAUAAUAUAAACUUCAGGGGGCAUGAAAAUGAGAGAAAACACGUUUAUGACAUAUUCAUGAAGUCGAUACAGCAGGGAGAAUCACAUUCGGCUUUGAUUAUUGGUCCCAGAGGCUGCGGUAAAACUACGUUAAUCAAUUCUGUAUUAUAUCAAGUAUCAAAUGAAGUGGACAUGGAAAAUGAUGUGAUUGUUGUGAAGCUCAAUGGAUUCCUACAUCAUGAAGAGAAAGUGGCACUUAAGUCAAUAACAGCACAGAUGCAACUAGAAAAUGCAGUUGGCGAUAGAGUUUUUGGUACCUUUGCAGAGAAUCUAAGUUUUCUCCUCAGCUGUCUAAUGAGCGGUUUGGAUAGAAGAUGUCGUACUAUGAUAUUUAUCCUUGAAGAGUUUGACAUGUUCUGUCAUAGUGGUCGAACACAGACACUACUGUAUAACUUGUUUGAUAUCACUCAUAACAAGCAAGCGCCCAUGUGUGUUCUUGGCAUCACAAAUCGACUGGAUGUUAUGGAGCUCUUGGAGAAGAGAGUAAAGUCUAGAUUUUCACAUCGCCACAUUUUCAUAUUUCCCAAUGAAAAUGAGAUGCCAGUGCAGAAAUUAAUUGAUGUCUUCGUUCAAUGUUUGAGUAUGCCAAAAUCAAGAAAAAUUAAGAAGGCAAGCAAGAAAAGUACAGCUAUUAAGGAAACCGUAAACUUGGAGUUUUCACUGCGUGAAGAAAUAUUUGAGAAAUGCAACAUAGACUCCAGACAAUUUUUGGACUUAAAUUCAGAAUUUAUCGAAAGCUGGAACUCGCAUAUCCAGAGUUUGGUGGAGGAAGAGAGAGUGGUGGAUUAUUUGGAGAAAUUCAGCUACUUUGUUGUCAAUGAACAGAUCUUUAGGAAUGUUUUGUUCCAAAUAGUGUCGAAGCUAUCGCCCAAGAAGCCGUACAUAGACCCACAAGACAUAAUACUGACCAUUGACAAUACGGUCACCCCAGAGCAUAGAGUGAAGCUUCUACAAUCAUUGUCUAUACUCGAAUUGUCUCUGGUCAUAGCCAUGAUGCAUGGAAUGGAGAUAUUCGAUGGGCAGCCGAUGAAUUUCGAAAUGGUUUUGCACAGAUACACGAAGUUCGCGAAUGAGAACUCGUCUACCCAAUCCGUGCCUCGGCCGGUGAUCCUCAAAGCAUUCGAGCAUUUGCAGUCGUUGGAAAUCAUUAUGCCGAUAAGAAACGACUCUUCGUCAGGCGACACCACCACUAGUCGUGUGCAAAAGGAGUAUAAGCUGUACACCUUGGCUGUACCCGUCGAAGACAUCAAGGAGGCUGUUAAGGGCUUCAAGGCUUUGCCAACGGAAAUACAGCACUGGGCCAACAACUCCGUGGUCUGA